AUGGUAAUAAGAAACAAGGAUGACAGCAGUGACGAUAGCAGUGACGAUGAGUCAGGCGAUAGCAGUGACGAUGAGUCAGAAUCAGACGAGAGAGGAGGGAGAAUGCAGAGAGAGGACCAAGUAUAUGAAAUUGUCUUGGACUCAUCUGAUGAGGAGGGCGAUGAAGAGCUGUACCGUCAUGUAUUGCCUAAACAAUCUGAGACGGUAAAGGUGGUCAGAAAACAAACUGCUCCUCCUGCCACAAAAGCAAACAGGGUCUCUAUUGGAAGUGUCAAUAAUAAACUGGAGGCUAAGGAAGGCAACAAAGUAGAAAGUCUGUUGUCUCACUCAUCUGAUGACGAUGAAAUGGAGUUCACGAUGAAGUUUGUGUUGGUUUCUGAGAGUUGUUUUGGUUAA